GCAGUUUUUCUCCCAACCAACGGCCGCAUCCGUGUCAUAAGCAGGGUUUACGUCCUUCCCCGCCCAAUGGGCGCGGGUCUGUGUCAGCAGCGGGCCAAUCCCAAUUAAUCAGUGAGUGACAGCUGCCCAAUGGCGACCCCCGGCUUUCCAAGCCUGUGAAAGAGGGGGUGGCUAUAGCUCCGCCGUUGCCUGAGGAAUGUCAACUAUUCAACAUGGAGACGGCGGUUACCAGGCUUGAGACCAUGUUCCAGAAGGCAGAAUCUGAUCUGGAUUACAUUCAACACAAAUUGGAGUUUGAAAUAAUGAAAAACCUUCCUGAUAAUCCAUCAGCAGAGGAAAAUCCAGUGACUCUCUUAGAGAAACUCUCAGUAGUGAAGUCACGUUAUAAAAUGUUAUGUGCGCAGCUGGAAGAAAUUUCCAAAGAGCAAAGAGAGUCUAUGAGCUGUAUUCAUGCUACUCUAGAAAACACUAUGAAGAUGGUGCAGGCACUACAGCGACAUGCUGAUCUUGAGCUUUCACCUCUGUCUGAAGAAGAGCAGACUGCAGCACAACAAUUAGCAUGUAAAACUGUUAAAAGAACAGAUCCACCACUGGAAGAGCCACUGUGUUCAGUGUCUACAGUUCCUAUUCCAGAUGGGGAACCACAGUUCAAACCCGUGACUAAGGAGAUGUUCAUGGCUGUACCAAGGAUUAUCAGAAGUACUGUUAAAUUAGUGGACCUGAACAGCUUUUACAGGGAAUUAUUUAACUACUUUGUUCUAAAUGGGAACAGAACAGCAUUGAGUGUUGCACAGAUGAACAAGAUGAAUAUGAAAGCCACCAAUUCCAGGCUACAAAUCCUGAAAGAACUUUCCAUUGUAGAAAUUGACAAACAAGGAAAUGCUAAGUUAACUGUGUAAAUUUAAGCCUAAAUGAACUAAUCAUAUUUUGAUAGAAGGAAUUUGGGUGCAGCUCCUGGCGUAUUGGAAGACAAAUAGUUCUCUGUUUAUAAAAAUGAUACAUAUUGUGAAAAUUUGUUGUUAAUGUGACUGUAUUAGGAUUCUCUUUGUAAUACCAAAUUGUGAAUUAAAAAGCAUAUAAAAAGUUUUCUAAAUUACUUUUGUUUUUAAGAUUUGUAGGACAUAGUGGACAGAAUCACAUUUUUAACUCCAUGUUUCAGUACUUGUUUUCCUGCGUGGGUAUUAAUGGCAUCUCACCAACAUUUUUUACUUGUACUUGGAUUCCUGAGUAAGUGAUAUGAAAGCCAAGUAGGCUAUGAAAGUUUUACUACUUUAUAGGUCACAGUUCAGGGCAACUGGCCAUGUAUUCCCCAUCAGUGGCCCAGCAAGGGCACCCACUUUUAGGCUUCUGGUUCGUCAGCUAUUACCUGUCCUGGAUGGAGAGACACAUCUCACUUCCUCCUGACCAGGAUAUUUCCAGGCUGCACAGUUCCCUGCCUACACUGUGAAUUCCCCCACAAGACCAACAGCCUAAGCAGGUUUGCUUUCCCUUCUUUUCAGAGAUUGAGCCCUUUGGUUCCUCUUUGACAUAGGACUAUAUGCAACUCCCAUUUAGGUCAAUGGGAAUCUUUCAGUUGACAUUAAUGGAAGCUGGAUUGGACCCAUAGUCACUAUUAAAAGAUGAUUAAUUCUUGGCAUGUUUUGUCUGGUGUAUCGAAGUCACAGGACCAAGGCAUAAUUUCUGGAAACAUUUAGAGCAUUUACAUCUAUAAUUCCUUGUGGCAAGUUUUACUAUCUAAACUUCAGACUUAAUGUUUUUAAAUAGAUGUAGUGGAUUACUUGCACACCAACUGUUCAUAAUUGGUAGAUUUUGUUUUUAAAACAAAAAGCUUCCUGAGGAAUGCUAGUCUGUUUUGUAAUAACAUUUUUUGUUCACCAAUGUAUUUUUAGGCAUCUUGCAAAAAUGCAGUGCAGUUAAAACUACAGUAGAACCUGAGAGUUACGAACCCCCACAAAUAGAGGUUGUU